CGAAAAAGGACGCUGACGACGACCACAAUACGACGCCGACGACGGCAGCACUUGUCAAUCAAUUGGAGAGGCGCUUCCUGAAACUUUCUGACUGCUUUCUGAGGUCAUCGGCAAGGUCAUCGGCAAGGUCAUCGGCAGUGUGUUGGGCUCGUGCAGUGGCUCGGAGACCCAUCAAAGCAAUGCGAGCGGCUCUUAUUGAAGCAGCUGCACAGGCACCGAAGGUGACGUGUGUCCCCCGCGGGUGUCCUCUCGUCCCGUCAGUUGCCUGGUCCGCACCGCUCAGGCUAUCACAAGGCCGCAUGCCACCACCAUUGCCCUUCCUUCGUCGCUUCAACACGUUAUCUGCAUCGUCGGCCCCCAAGCUGCGCAUAACGUUCGCCAGCUACGACGGCUCAGAGUCGACCCCCUGCCCCUUCACGGCCGGCCAGACGAUGCUGGACGUGGCUCUGGAGAAGGAUGUGGACAUCGAGGGUGCGUGCGGCGGUCAGUGUGCGUGUUCCACGUGCCAUGUCAUCAUGAAGGAGGAGGACUACGGCAAGUUCCCCGAGCCGACGGAAGAUGAGCUGGACAUGCUUGACCUGGCCAUGCAUCGGCAGGACACCUCUCGAUUGGGAUGUCAGCUUAAGCUGACGGAGGAGCAUGACGGCAUCGAGGUGAAGCUGCCGGCAGAGACGAUAAGCCAGCUCGACGGCCCCCAUGUGCCGACGGGGAAGGAGUGAAUGAGCAUGCGGGGCUGAGCCAAAUGUGUUGCUCUGAGUUGGGAGAGAGGUUUUUUG